AUGAACAAAAACGACCAACUCAAGAAAUCACUGAUAAGCACUUACAAUUUUCCAGAAACUGAAUAUCCAUCUGAUGCUUCUACUAGAGAUUAUUAUACUUUAGGAAACAGUUUCAAUACAAAUUCUUUUAGAUCUGUAGCAAAAAAAGUUCCCGGACCACAGUGUAAAGCCGUUGAAGACUUGAAGAAAGAUAUGCGAAUGAAACGCAAAUUGGAUAAAAUUCAAGAACAUUACCACACGCCGGAAGCAGGAUCUAUAUUCACAAAAUCUUUAUCCGGACCCGAAUCGAUUAUAUUAACAGAUAAAGAAAUAUUUCCAGAAGUUCAAUAUCCGCUAAAUGCUAUAGAAACGUGGGCACCUCAUUAUUGGAAUCCACCACAGAUCGCUCAACAUGAACUUGAAUAUGAAAGACCAGAGUCCCUGAUUUUCAAUCAAAAAGUGUCUAACAAAAGCAAUAAAUCUUAUGCGCCCUACAAGAAACAGGUAAAAUCGAAAGUAAAGCAGUUUAUGGAAGACAUUGACAUGUUAAAUGAAAAAAUGCAUAGCUCAAAAACACAAUGCAAAGAAACCCAAGACUCGAAUACUAAGAACGAGUUGUUAGCAAUUUUGAAAAGCGAUUUCAACAAAACUGAUUCUAACAACAGUAAUAUUUUACUUAAAGAUCCUGAAGCACUUUCAAACGAAACAACUGACCCAUUACGUAAUAUACACGAGGAUUUCGUAAAUAAGAGUAUUCCUGAAAAUCAAGACUUCAAAGAACUGGCAAUAGCGCUAAAUGAAACAAAUAAUUUAUCGCCACAAACAGAAACUUCACAACUGAAGUCUAAUACGCCCGACUCGACAACAAUUUCAUGUAAAAUACAAGACAAAAGCAGUUUUCCUUUAAAUUCAGAGCAUAAAAAUGUAAUAAAGGAAGAUAUUAAUACAUUUAAAGAAGAGAGAGAUUCUUCCAUUCUUAAAGUAGAAGAGGAACUUAUUGAGAAGGUCAAAUUACAAAAUCCAUUAAGUGCAGUUAUUCUAACGGACAGUGCUGACCUAAGAGGAACGACUAUAACUGCAAAUAAUACCAACACGGGUAAUACUACCAACAUAGAGUCUCUAGACCAGAAAUAUAACGAUACAGAUGUAACAUCAAUUGAUGAUCCACUGAACGUCAAUAUACCACUACCAGAAAUGGAUACGUAUGAUCAAACACCACCCGAUUUUUCUAUCGAAACUACACCGCUGUCAGAUACAAACGAGACUCCGCAUACCACUAUUAUUGUGGUUCCUGUCGAUGACUAUGUAAAUAUGAUGCAAAUACCGAACUUCAACAAAUUAUCAGACUCGUCUAUUAUUGUAUUCACACCAAGUAAGAAGAAAAAUGUUACAGCUACAAAAUCAUCCAAUAUAUUUAACACUUUACCAUUAAUUGAAGAAAGAAAUACAACAACAACAAUUCCCAAUACAAGGUCAACGGCGCCAGAUUUUGAAAUGCUCCCAAAUAACUCUAUGUGUCAUGUUCUAUCAAACAAAGUUAACUCCACAAACAUGACAACUAAACACUAUAGUGGUGAUGAAUUUACUGAUGCUAUAUUGAUAUCAGAAGAUAUUAUUUCGAACACUACUCCCCAGUUGUGUGCAACUAAUAACUCAAGUGAAAUCCAUUCGGAAUCAGUAUUACCAAGUACAAAACUUUUUAAUACACCAAUUCCAUUACUAAACGACCUCUCAAACAGAAUGCCAUCUAAUAUUAUACAAGAACCGUCAUUAUUGGACGAAACAGUUAUAAACAGUAAACCUUGUGAAGUGCUUAUAGAUAAAGUUACUAAACAAGUGAAUCAUAACACGUUCUUUGAGGUCACAGAAAAUAGUUCCCCAUCAUCUCAAGAUCACGGAGAUCUUUCUCUAUUUAAUAAUGGUAAUAAUAAACAAUUUUCGCUAGAGAUUAAUAAACUAAGUGACAAUCAUGAGGCCAAUAAUAAAGUCGUUAAUUCACCAUUAACGGAUUUUAAAACUAAUGGAGUAGAGUCUCUACUACAUACUACUAAAUACAGUGAGCUUACAGAACGCAAUCAAGAAAUAGUUAUGUCUAAGGAUGAACAAAUACCCAUACAAGAAGACCUAAAUUAUCCUCAUAACGACCUUACUGGUAGCAAUUCGUAUAAAGGAAUAAACUAUGAUUAUAUUAGCAAUACAGAAGAAAGGCAACCUAGCUUGCUCGAAAACAAUGAGAUUCCAAGUAUUCCACUUACUAACAUUGCUCAAAGUGGUGAAACACUGUUAGAAAUAAAUAAAAAUGAACAACAAAUGGCAACAGAUGAAUUAACACCAAAUAACAGUGUAAUUGACCUCACAGAUAUACAAGAAGGAUCAGAACCUAUGACUCUUCUGUAUGCACCACGUCUAGACAUUAGUUUAGCUGACCCUGCAUCAAUAAAACAGAAUUAUCAUGAUAAUCUUGAAGACACAACGUAUUUAAAUGGUACCCCACAUAUUAUGACUUCAGUUUUGGAGCAUGCCCAGCCCCGAAAUAAAAUUCAUAAUACUUCAAUAUCAAAUGAAAAUGAGAUUGUUAAUAUUUACCAUCAGUCAGCAGCACACUUCUCGAACAAAAACAGAUUAUUACAUGAUUCAAAAUAUGAAGAAAGAUUACCUCCUGAGAGUAAUGUAGAAUAUUCUCUUAGGUUUACAGACAAUCAGACUUUAAGUAAUACUGAUUUUGAUGAUGAUGAACAAUCGUUAUGGGCUGAUAACAAAGUUUUAUAUCAAAUCGAUCACGAGCAAGGAACUGGUCAAAAAAAUGAUUUUGUACCAAACAGCACACUAAGAGUCCCUGUAAAUAUAGACUAUAUUACAGACUUUAAGAAUAACUCAAAUGCUGUGGAAUACCAGGAUACGAUACAGUCCCAUAUAAGCUCAGCGUUUUCAACGGACAUUCCAAACCCUGAUAAGAAAAAUGUUCCACACGCAGAGAUAAAUAUGUCGUUACUACCCAUAGACAGCCAUCAAAAUGAAGGCAUAGAGAACGAGUCACUUGUGGAUACGCCUCCAAAAUAUAGUGUAAAUAAAAGUCAUGAAUUAAUGAAAGAAGUGCUGACUGUCCUUAAUAAUAUAUCAGAGGAUGACACACGAGACAGGGAGUCUACGACACUUCUUAAUAGCAGUGAGAAAGCAAUACAAGAAACAUAUUCAACUGAUAUUAUACCUGAACUUAUCUAUAAUUCCGAACUGGAUAAUUUCACCGGAAGAGACAUAAGAUUAUUAACCAAAAAUAGCCUUACAGAUCCUCCAAUGUCGAAUAAUAAAAAGGUAAAGACUUUUCCCGCUACUCUACUUACUGACAUUGUUAAUUUUAAUCCAUUAGAAGUAGAUAAGCUGGAUUCAGAUAAAUCACUAACUGAUGACAUCAUAGAAAAGGAAGCAAUCAAUGAACUAUUCGAUGCGAAUCCUAUGCCGAUUUAUACCGACUACAGACCUCUUUUGGUAAAUGAAACACUAUCAGAACUAUAUAACGAAGAAGAAUUGAUACAAACAGAUAUUGCAUUCUGA